ACCACUUUCGCGUUCAACAACACCGUUCCUCAGAUUCCUUCAGUAUGGCCACGAAAGAGUGGAAACAGUCCAUUAAUGGGCAAACCUUUCUCAUAUCGACAGCGCGCGAUCUCCCUCAUGAGUUUGUUCAGCAAGCCUUCGACAAUCCAGCCAUGUACUGGGCCAAGCCCAUCUCGGCCGCCAACAUGAAGACGCUCCUCGACAACUCAUGCACUCUGGGCUUGUACAAACUAAUAAACGGCGAUGAACGAACUCCCGUCGGCAUGGCGCGCAUGAUAACCGACUACGUAACCCUCGCCUACCUUACGGACGUCUAUCUGGCGGACGAGUACCGGAGUCUCGGAUUGGGACGGUGGAUGAUCCACUGCUGCAGGGAAAUCGUCCAGGAAAUACCGGAGCUGCGGUUCAUGAUUCUCCUAACAGGCUCUGAGCAGGCGCAGCAGCUGUACAGACGCGAGCUCGGCAUGAAGGUGAUGGGGACGGAGGAAACACUGGCCGCUAUGGGCGCGCGGAAAGCAUGGAUUCCCGGGUCAUAGACACGGCGGUCAGAUCGCAGGCGCCGCGCUGUCUCGGCGAAGGGUGGUGCCUAGGAGGAAAACGUGGGCGGAAUGGUAGAUGCAUGAUGGCACUGGCGGCCCAUUCGGGCUAGUGCGGGGCUCUUGGCGUGAAUUCGCCAUUCUUUAUCUCAAGGGAUCAUUUCGCCGACGGGUCCUAUCCGGCCGUCACCGCAGACUAGAAGCCUACAUUACCUAC